GGUAUUUUAUACUUACUAGAACCGUUGUGAGUAUGUCUGUGAUACUCUGUACUCUCAUUUUUCUUUGACUGAGAAUGACAGAAAAGCAGACGUAUAUUGCGGUCGGGCUGACCAUUCUCCUGGUCAUCGCGCAAGGUCAGCUAUACGCCCAGCAGUCGUUGCCGUCCAGUAGCAUAAAGGGUUGCGGUAUUCCCAUUGCGGUCAAUACGGUGCCUAUCCCUGACGCCUCGCGGUUUGCCGGAAGAUGGUACAAAUACCGUCAAUCCAACGUCAACACCACCAAUCAGCUCCUGGACCAUACGCCGCUGAACCGCACCGGUUUAUCCUUCAGCACCACCAGUGCCACGGGAAUGGUCAUCCGCAUCGAGCAGUACAAUAAUCCCAAUGAUACCGCAUGUGUUCACCGUAUUUCCGUCGGUCUGUUCGGGGUAAACGGUCAAAUACCCACGAAGAGCUUUUCAUCUUCCGACAACUUCAAUCCCGCGACCACGGAUUUCAACCUGCUGUAUCUGGAUAUUGAUAGUUUCUACGUGACCUAUCUGUGUCGGGGCGCCAACUAUAAAACCGGCAUGUGCGACCGCCCGGGUUUCCACGUCAUCACCCGGCAGCGGCCGGAUCAGAUGACUGCGGACCAACUGAAAGCCAUCGACGACAUUGUGGAUUCCAUCUUGGCACCGUUCUGUUUUUCCGCGGUAGAUGUUCAGCAGCAGAUGUUUACCGAUAGUAAGCCGUUCUGUACGCCGGUGGAUUUCUCCGCUACCGGCUGCGCGCAGUCCUACAUCAUGGCUGAGAUGAACGAGAUCAAUAAUGUCAGCAGUAACUAAGGUUCGAGGUGUCUUAAGCGGGCAGCGGAUCAUGGUUUCUAAUUGUACACGCCCACUGUUUAUCUACUGUAUGGGUUCAUGCAAAUUGUGUACAAAAUGUCCAGUUUUAAGAAAGAAAGCCGACAUGUUACAUGUACAAGACUGUACAGGAUGACAGUUCGGGUAGUCAUAACCAUGCAACGGGUGUCCAUACAACUUUGCGUAAGGAAACAACACACUGGCUGACUUUGAACAACAGACUAAG